GGAGAUUAUAAGAGUAGCCUACAUGGCCAUAAAGGCUAGAUCGUUCUCCAAGAUGUUGAAACGUUCAUAGAUAACCAGUAGGGUCAAAUAAUCACAAAGUCAGCACCUCAGAGAUGUUUCAAACCUAUUUAUAGUAUCGCAUGUACCUUUAAGUGUGCACAUUAUAUACAAGCAUGUGUUCUGUUGCAACAUGUUUGUCGCUCACCACAGCGCGGGAGAAAAAAACUAUGCAACUGGACACAGCAGCAGUCCAUCCAUAAGCAGCUCUGUGUGCGCAGCUGUCACUUCGCGGCGCGUUUCAGUAGUGCGCUAAAAUCGAUAGAUACGGCAAAUAAUCUUUCAAUCGCUUUGGGAUGAUAUCUCAGAUGUAGGUGACUAUUUUGCUCCUCUUCUGCCUGCUGGAUCAAACAUAUAGCGGCACAUUGUGCCAGUUCGGAACCAUGCAUCUAUUGAGCUUAUUUCCUAUGUUGCUGUUCUUCCUCGGUGUAAGUUUUCUUCCAGUGAGUCUUGGUGCUCAUGGGAGGUAUGCUCAGAAGUUGCUGACUGAUUUGUUCGCUAACUACACCAACGCUCUGAGACCAGUGGAGGACACGGACCACAUCAUCAAUGUCACACUGCAGAUCACCCUCUCACAGAUAAUCGACAUGGAUGAGCGUAACCAGAUCCUGACCACAUACCUGUGGAUCCGGCAGGUGUGGACGGACGCCUACCUCACUUGGAAGAAGGAGGACUACGAUGGUCUCGAUACCAUCCGUAUACCUAGUAGUUAUGUAUGGAGGCCUGAUAUUGUCCUAUAUAACAAUGCUGAUGACCAGUUCGCCAGCUCCAUGGAGACCAAUGUGGUGAUCCGUAACGAUGGACAGAUCAUGUGGGACCAGCCGGCCAUCACUAAGAGCUCGUGCUCAGUGGAUGUUUCCUUCUUCCCGUUUGAUGCCCAGCAGUGUCGCCUAACCUUUGGCUCCUGGACACACAACGGCAACCAGAUGGACUUGGUCAACGCCCUGGACAGUGCUGACCUGGCCGACUUCGUGGCCAAUGUAGAGUGGGAGGUUCUGGGCAUGCCAGCCAAGAAGAACGUUAUCCUGUACGGCUGCUGCUCGGACCCCUACCCAGACAUCACCUACACCCUGCACCUGAAACGCAGGGCCUCCUUCUACAUCUUCAACCUGCUCAUCCCCUGUAUGAUGAUCUCAUUCCUGGCCCCGCUGGGCUUCUACCUGCCAGCUGACUCUGGGGAGAAAGUGUCCCUGGGGGUCACCGUGCUGCUGGCUCUGACUGUGUUCCAGCUACUGGUGGCAGAGAGCAUGCCACCCUCAGAGAACGUACCCCUCAUAGGCAAGUACUACAUUGCUACCAUGACGAUGAUCACUGCGUCGACCGCCCUGACCAUCUUCAUCAUGAACAUCCAUCACUGUGGUCCGGAGGCGCGUCCCGUCCCUGAGUGGGCCCGCCGCUUCAUCCUGCACUACCUGGCACGGAUCUGCUUUGUCUAUGAGGUGGGAGAGAACUGCUUUACCGGCACCCCCAAGAAACGGGCCCCGCCCGAGCUCCCACCUGACCACAAUAUCAACCCCCAAACCAGAAGUACCAACUGGGAUGUGAAUGGGGAGUCCAUGGGAGGGAGGGGUGGAGAGGAAGGGGGUGGGGUGGGCGUAAAGACACAGAAAGAGAAAGAGGAGGGGGAUAGACUGGAUGUGAAAAGAGGCUCAUACCAAACGUUUGAGCCCAGUUGGUGGAAAGACAACCUGUUUGUGAGUAUAGAUGCUGGAGAGGAGGAGGAGGGAGCAGCAGGAGGUGAGAAAAAAGGAGGAGGAGAGGCAGAAAGAGAGAAGGGUUUCAGAGGAGAAAGUGGGUACAUGGGAGGAGCAGUGGCGGCAGAAAGAGGCAAAGGUGGAGGAGGAGAGAGAGGCUGUGUGGGAGGAGGUGGAGAAAGAAGGAAAGGAUCAUUAGGAGGCGCAGAGGCUAGGGUUAGGAGGGAGGUGGUGGUGAGGGCCCAGUGUGUGUGUCAGCACCAAGCACUAUGCAGGAACAUCGAGUACAUCGCCAGCUGCUACCAUGACCAGCGCUCCACCCAGAGACGUACGGGUGAGUGGAGGAAGGUAGCCAAGGUUAUGGACCGACUCUUCAUGUGGCUCUUCUUCAUCAUGGUCUUCCUCAUGAGCCUCCUCAUCAUGGGCAAGGCUGUCUGAGCACGUACAGAAAGAAGAGGGAGAAGGCUCCGGGUACAAGCUACUCUUAGGCACAGAUCUAGGAUCAGAUCAUACCCUUCCCAAAUACUGACCUUAACCAUUAAGGGGGAUCCCAAACAGAUCUUAGCUCAGUUUCUAAUGACAACUUUAUCCUACUCCGAGGGGCAGUAGUGGCCAACUAAACCAUUCACAGAGUUUACCACAGGAGAUACUGUGUAUGUGGAAAGGUGUUUUUGUACCUAGUAUACUAGCUGUUUAUGUUCCAAGGCUGUGAGGAAGAGGAUUAAUUGAUCUCUUGAUACAGAGGUGGGGAACUUGGCAGUUUCUCUGUAUCGCCACCAUACAUAUGUUUUCUACGUGGAUCUAAAGUAUUUGUAGAGGAGACAGGAACACACUUAAUCUGUGGAAUGGAGCCAAAGCAAAUCUUCUGCCACCCUGAGACUAUUAUCAACACACACACAUGCAAACAAUCAAUCAAUUAAAUGUAUUUAUAAAGUCCUGUUUACAUCAGCUGAUGUCACAAAGUGGUCAUACAGAAACCCAGCCUAAGACCCCAAAGAGCAAGCAAUGCAGAAGCACGGUGUCUAGGGAAAACUACCUAGAAAGGCAAGAACCUAGGAAGAAACCUAGAGGAGGUACAGUCCUCUUCUUCUCACACACACACACACACACACACACACACACACACACACACACACACACACACACACACACCUUUUUGUAUUAAUAUAAUUUUACCGCUCUCUGUCCUUUUACUGUAUGUGAAAAAUCCAGUACACUACAUAUGGACUGUGUGUCAUUGGACAAUUGUAUUUUAAGCGUACUUCUCAGGCCUGCCAGUCACUGCAUGGGAAUCACAGCACUUUAUAAGUGUACACUUUCUUUGAGUGCUCACCUGACACUUUUGAAGACUUGAUGUGUAGAUACAGUAUAGUAUGACAAUGCUAAAAUAAUAGGUAUGGGCCAUGCUUAAGAAUAAUGUAUCUGAUGUUUAUCACUUGUCUUGUACCAUAAAGAAGUAUCCAAAAUGCAUAGCAGCAUAUGUGCAACCACGCCAUUAAAUGUAUUGAAUAUUUCAUACUUUUCAAAACCCUCUGACUUUUUCCACUUUGUAACCCCAGGUAAACAUUUCAGUGAGCCAUGAAUGGGAAAGUAAUACUGUUAUACACUCAUACAUUCCAGUAGUGAGGAAUAGGACAGGAUACAUGGAAGAGAACCAGCGUGAAGCUAAAUUAGGACAUGUAGUAGUGUAAUCCAAUAACCCUUUAACAUCAUUAGAGCUUUGUGAAUUAAUUGGGAAAAGCAAUUUAAUCUUACAUUUAAAACCAUUCAGAGAGUCCUGGGUAAUCUCCCUCAGACACUAAUCCUGCUUACGAUGACAACGAUGAUUCACAUACACUCCCGAACUACACACAUUGUUGAAAACAGGGUUUUCAUUGGCUGAAUUCAGAUGACGACUCUUUGAACCGGACCGCUUAAAAUACUAGUCUACUGACGCACCUGUGCAUCUAUCUAAUGGAAAUAAUACAAAAAUCCCCAUCAGAUCCGUCAAUUUAAGAUAGGGAUAUCAGUUUUUUGAAUGGGCUGCGUCUCAAUCCACCACAUCUGCCUUUGUUGCCCUUCUGCAUCAGGGAAACAGUGGCAGAUCUACAGCGCUGUUUGUCAGACCAGGAGAUGAAAAUCGAUUUUCUCACAAAAUGUCUGUAGUGUCCGAACAGUGGCCUACUAAUUAAUAUGACCUCUCAAUGGAAAGACCACGAUGGUGUUCUCUGUUUUGCUCUAUGACCCCCACAAGUGUCACGGGACUGCCUUCAGA